CGCGCCGGUCACUGAAGCAAUUUACCCUGGUGGUGGAUUUUCCGCUUGUGCGCUAAAGCUUGGCGCUUCUUUUCAGUUGACAUGACUCGACGGAGCACCAUGCCGGACAGGAGACGCACGAACCUGUUUGAGCACUUGCCCGAGGAGAUCAUCGACAAGAUACUGAUCCAGUUGCCGUCCAAGGACGUCGGCCGGUGUCGAGCCGUCAGCACGUCGUGGCGCAGCAUCACCUCCACGCCGGAAUUCAUGCUCGAGCACCGCCGCCGCCAGCCAUCGCUCCCGAUCAUCAACGGGAACGGGCGGCCGGCCAGUCUGGUCGUCAUCCGCGACACCGGCUCCAAUCAGCAGCUCUGGCCCUUCCUACCGGGCUUCGAACACCGCUCCAAGAGCGACCUCCGCGCCAGCUGCGACGGCUUGCUCGUCAUCCGCCACUUAACCCGAUACUACAUCCGUAACCCGGUCACCCGCGAACAUGCGUUCCUGCCCCAGCUUCAGGUUGGGCAAGGCUUCUUCAACAACAUAAUCGGGUUCUACCGGCACCGUCCGACCGGAGAAUACACGGUGCUCUGGGUCUCGAAGUCACGCGACUUGUCGUCUAAAUCCAGCUUACACGCCCUCACGGUGGGAUCCGAGGAGCCGAGACAUGUUGCGGUCACAAUGAUAGGAGUCUCGUCGCCUUCCAUGGAACAUAAGCUACUCGUGGAGAUAUGCCCUUUAUCUUCGUCUCCACCCCCGGUCCACCACCGCGGCAGCCUGCACUGGUUUCCUUAUGGUGGCUGUCCCAUUUUGGGGGACGUCGGAGAUGACAUUAUUGUGUUCGACACGGAAGCCGAGUCGUUCCGGCGGAUGCGUGGUCCCACCCAGCUGUGCUCUAAUAGGAAGUUGUUCGACAUGAAGGGGGCGCUCGCUUUCUGGGGAAGCCCGGCUCCCGGUUACAACACUAUAGAUGUCUGGAUGGUGCAGGAUUACGAGGCUGGGAUCUGGGAUUUCAAGUUCCGGAUCAACCCGUCAACCGUGGAGGUAUCACGGCAAAUUUAUUUAGCUUCUUCCAAAAGGAAAAGGAAAGCAACACUCGAUUCAACGGUGCGAUGGUUCAGUGAUAUGGUUGUGCUCAACGAGCGCGAGCUGCUGAUCAAGUUUAACAAUAAACUUGUGUUUCGCUAUGACAUUGGUGGCGAGUUCUUAGGAAUGGUGAACCUCGGAAAGAGGCAAUAUUGUAUGUUGCUUACUCAGCACCGCCUCCAAGAGAGCAUCAUUCCAAUUCCGUCCCACUGGAGGCAAGGAGAAGAUGAGGAGGCAUAUCUGAAUGUUCAACACUCCUGGUAUGCUUUGCCCUUGGAUUCAGAGCAUUCCUUUUGUUCUUAGCUCUUACUGGUACUACCAGUAGAACAUGUCGUUUUGGAUGGUUGCAGUAGCUCUUAUACUUAUUAUGAUGUGUUGAAUGUCUUGUUAACGAUGGAGUAUCGAUCUAUGAUGUUAGAACUUCAUUGCUGUUAA